UCUGCGGAAGAGCCUGCGCGCGAGCCUGCAAGAAACGUGCUCGGGACUGAGCUCAGUUGCUGCUGCGCUGACGUCCACGGCAGCGGCAUCGGCACCGGCUUCUACCGGGACGGCUACUGCUCCACCGGUCCGGACGACGCGGGCCGGCACACCGUCUGCAUCGAGGCGACCGAGAAGUUCCUCGCUGUCUCGGCGGCGGUCGGGAACCCGCUCCACCAACCCAUCCCUCAGUUCAUGUUCCCCGGCGUUCGGCCGGGCGACCGCUGGUGUCUGUGCGCGUCGCGGUAUGCGCAGCUCAUCGAG